GCGGCCGAUUAUCAGCGGUGACCAUCUUGACAUCGAGGCGUACGCGAGCCUCUACUCUGGCCGGACGAAGAUCAUGCGGCUACUUUUCAUCGCCGACCACUCCUCCGACGAGAAGGUCGGUAAUCCUUCGAUGAAUCUUGAGGCGCUGCGAAUGGCGUACGACGAGAUCAAGAAGGGAGAGAACACGCAGCUGAUGAGGGAGGUGGCGCAGAAGAUUAAUGGGAGGUUAGGGCCCAGCUACGAGCUCGAUUCGGCGUGGUGCGACGCGGUGGAUCAUAGGGCCGAGCAGAAGAAGGAGAAGCUCGAUAACGAGCUCAAUGCGUAUAGGACAAACUUGAUCAAAGAAAGCAUAAGAAUGGGAUACAAUGAUUUUGGAGACUUCUACUAUGCUCAUGGUCAAUUGGGGGAUGCGUUCAAAAGUUAUGUCCGUACUCGGGAUUAUUGCACUACUUCGAAGCACAUCGUUCAUAUGUGUAUGAGUGUGAUUCUAGUCAGCAUUGAGAUGGGUCAAUUCACUCAUGUUACAAGCUAUGUUAACAAAGCAGAACAGGCACCGGAUGCUCUUGACUCAAUAACUAUAGCAAAGCUUCGUUGCGCUGCAGGAUUGGCAAACCUAGAAGCCAAAAAGUACAAGCUUGCUGCUCGAAAGUUUUUAGAAACAAAUCCAGAAUUAGGGAGUCACUAUAGUGAAGUAAUUGCACCUCAAGAUGUUGCAACCUAUGGAGGACUUUGUGCACUUGCAACAUUUGAUCGGACAGAGUUAAAGAGCAAAGUUAUAGACAAUCUCAACUUCCGGAAUUUCUUGGAGUUAGUGCCCGAAGUAAGGGAACUUAUAAAUGAUUUUUACUCAAGUCACUAUGCCUCAUGUUUGGAAUACUUGGGGAACCUCAAAGCAAACCUUUUGCUUGACAUUCAUUUGCAUGACCAUGUCGAGACACUUUACGAUCAAAUUCGUCACAAGGCCCUGAUCCAGUAUACACUUCCAUUUCUUUCUGUUGAUUUGAGCAUGAUGGCUAACGCAUUCAAGACAACAGUUGCUGAACUUCAGAAAGAACUUGAGGCUUUGAUUACCGAUAAUCAAAUACAGGCUCGAAUCGAUUCACACAACAAAAUCUUGUAUGCACGGCAUGCAGAUCAAAGGAAUGCCACCUUUCAGAGAGUUCUUGAGACUGGAAGGGAGUUCGAUCGUGAUGUUCGGUCCAUGUUGCUGAGAUCAAAUCUUGUUAAGCAUGACUACAAUGUUAGGCAAUUUAGGAAACUUUGAUUUUGGAUUUGUUAAUUCAUUUUUAUUUUUAUAUUAUAGAAUAUGGUGGGCAUCGGUCAACUAUAAUGGAGCAAGGUUCUAUACUGAAGAAAACUGCCGUACAUUUACUGUCAUGUUCAGAUAGAACUUCACUUUCUUUUUUAACCUUCCCAUUAUGUAAAGCAACUUAGUCUUUGAUGGAAAUCAUUCUCAAUAUGCUGAAUCACCUCCUUUUUGUUCAUCAAAUCUAGUUUUGUAACAAGGAUACCACAUCUGAGUUUUGAUUUGAAAAUAAAAUAAAAUAAAAUUGUUAAACUUGGAUUA